GACUGUAAGGUGGAUAGAAAGCUGGCUAGAUCGUCGGGCUCAACGGGUAGUGAUCAAUGGCUCCAUGUCCAGUUGGCAGCCGGUUUCAAGCGGAGUGCCCCAAGGGUCGGUCCUGGGGCUGGUUUUGUUUAAUAUCUUUAUUAAUGAUCUGGAGGAUGGUGUGGACUGCACUCUCAGCAAGUUUGCAGAUGACAUUAAACUAGGAGGCGUGGUAGAUACACUAGAGGGUAGGGAUCGGAUACAGAGGGACCUAGACAAAUUAGAGGAUUGGGCCGAAAAAAACCUGAUGAGGUUCAACAAGGACAAGUGCAGAGUCCUGCACUUAGGACGGAAGAAUCCCAUGCACUGCUACAGACUAGGGACCGAAUGGCUAGGUAGCAGUUCUGCAGAAAAGGAACUAGGGGUCACAGUGGACGAGAAGCUGGAUAUGAGUCAACAGUGUGCUCUUGUUGCCAAGAAGGCUAACGGCCUUUUGGGCUGUAUAAGUAGAGGCAUUGCCAGCAGAUCGAGGAACGUGAUCGUUCCCCUUUAUUCGACAUUGGUGAGGCCUCAUCUGGAAUACUGUGCCAGUUUUGGGCCCCACACUACAAGAAGGAUGUGGAAAAAUUGGAAAGAGUCCAGUGGAGGGCAACAAAAAUGAUUAGGGGUCUGGAGCGCAUGACUUAUGAGGAGAGGCUGAGGGAACUGGGAUUGUUUAGUCUCCAGAAGAGAAGAAUGAGGGGGGAUUUGAUAGCAGCCUUCAACUACCUGAAGGGGGGUUCCAAAGAGGAUGGAGCUUGGCUGUUCUCAGUGGUGGCAGACGACAGAACAAGGAGCAAUGGUCUCAAGUUGCAGUGGGGGAGGUCCAAGUUGGAUAUCAGGAAAAACUAGUCCACUAGGAGGGUGGUGAAACACUGGAAUGCGUUACCUAGGGAGGUGGUGGAGUCUCCUUCCUUGGAGGUUUUUAAGGCCCGGCUUGACAAAGCCCUGGCUGGGAUGAUUUAGCUGGGAAUUGGUCCUGCUUUGAGCAGGGGGUUGGACUAGAUGACCUCUUGAGGUCCCUUCCAACUCUGAUAUUCUAUGAUUCUAUGAUUCUAUGAAGGCCAUGUGGCAGCCCUGCAAAUGACUUGAAUGGGGACAGGGGCUAAAAAGGCAGCCAACUAGGUCUGCGCCCUAGUUGAGUGCACCCUCACAAUUGGCAGUGAGGGAUUCCUGCCAGGUCAUAACAGGUAUGGAUGAACGAGGUGAUCCAGUUGGAGAGCCGCUGAGUGGAGAUUGGCUGACCCUUCAUGCACUCGGCCGAGGAGAUGAACAGCUACAAGGACUUCCUGAAUGCCUUAGUGCACUCCAGGUAAAAAGCCAGAGCCUGUCUCAAAUCCAGCGUGUGGAGGCGUCGCUCCUCACUGGACCCAUGGGGCUUGGGGCAGAGAACUGGCAGGAAAAUGUCCUGACCCAUGUGGUAGGCAGAGUCCACCUUCGGGAGGAACAAAGGAUGUGGGCGGAGCUGGACCUUAUCCUUAUGGACCACCAUGUAUGGGGGCUCAGAGGUCAGGGCCCUGAGAGCAAUCUAAACUCGGAUGCACUGGCCAGGUAGACAGCUGACGUGAUCACCACCACGAGAGAUGCGACCAGAAGCACAUAGCUAGUGGCUCAAACAGGGGGCCUGUGAAGCGGGCCAAUACCAGGUUCAGGUCCGACUGGGGGACUAACACACAGGAAGAGAUGAUUGAAUCCCUUAAGGAAUAGGCCAGUCAUAGCAUGGGAGAAUACCAUGUGGCCCCCCGCACCAGCAGAUGGAAAGCAGAUAUGGCCUCCAAGUGCACCUUAAUGGACGAGGGUGCCAGGCCCUGGGCCCUAAGGUGAAGGAGGUAGUCCAAAAUUAGCUGUAUUGGGGCAGCCAUGGGGGAAACAUCCUGCUCAUCCGCCCAUCGGAAAAACUGAGACCACUUUGCCAAGUAGGCUCAGCACAUGAAAGGUCGCCUGCUUUCCAAGAGGAUGUGCUGAACCCCUUCCUAGCAUGUCCUUUCCUCCAAGCCUAACUGCCUGCUCCCCUAUGGGUACUGCUAAGGAAAAAGCUUUCGACUCCGAUGCAGCACGCACACCUACUGUGGAAUACAAAUGAGCAAUCAUUCAAAGAAGAAAUACCAGUGUUCAGGCUUCUGCGUGUGGGGCCUGACCCCUGACCACUAGGGGCUUGUUGGUGUCACUAGGCAUAACCCUAGGUAACUCGGGAGGGUGGAAGGCCACUAAGGCCUGGUCUACACUACGACUUUAAUUCGGAUUUAUCAGCUUUAAUUCGAAUUUACCCUGCAACCGUCCACACAACGACACUAUUUAUUUCGAUAUAAAGGGCCCUUUAAAUCGAUUUCUGUACUCCACCCCGACGAGCGGAGUAGCGCCAAAAUCGAUUUUAACAUUUCAAAUUAGGGAUAGUGUGGCCGCAAUUCGAUGGUAUUGGCCUCCGGGAGCUAUCCCACAGUGCAUCAUUGUGACCGCUCUGGACAGCAAUCUAAACUCGGAUGCACUGGCCAGGUAGACAGGAAAAGCCCCGCAAACAUUUGAAUUUCAUUUCCUGUUUGCCCAGCGUGGAGAGCACAGGUGACCACAGAUAGCUCAUCAGCACAGGUAACCAUGCAGGCCGAUAAUCGAAAAAGAGCACUAGCAUGGACCAUACGGGAGGUACUGGAUCUGAUCGCUAUAUGGGGAGAGGAUUCAGUGCUUGCAGAACUUCGUUCUAAAAGACGAAAUGCCAAAACUUUUGAAAAAAUCUCCAAGGGCAUGAUGGAGAGAGGCCACAAUAGGGACUCAGAUCAGUGCCGCGUGAAAGUCAAGGAGCUCAGACAAGCCUAUCAAAAAACAAAGGAGGCAAACGGUCGCUCCGGGUCAGAGCCGCGGACAUGCUGCUUCUACGCCGAGCUGCAUGCAAUUCUAGGGGGGGCUGCCACCGCUACCCCACCUGUGAUCGUGGAUUCUGGGUCGGGGAUAGUCUCAUCAGCUACACCUGAGGAUUCUGCCGAUGGGGGAGAGGAGGAGGAGGAGGAUGAGCUUGCAGAGAGCACACAGCACUCCGUUCUCCCCAACAGCCAGGAUUUUUUUCUCACCCUGACUGAAGUACCCUCCCAACCCUCCCAAGCCAGUAUCCAAGACCCUGACCCCAUGGAAGGGACCUCAGCAGCUGCAAAUUCCUCAAGCCUCCCUCCUCCAUCCCGAAGGCUAUCACAGAUAAGGCGUCGUAAAAAGAAAACGCGAAACGAGAUGUUUUCAGAAAUUAUGGAAUCCAGCCGCAGUGACAGAGCUCAUCUGAAUGAGUGGAAGGAAACGGUUGCAAAGUAUAGGAAAGAAGCCAUUGAACGUGAGGACAGGAGGGACCAACGUGAGGACAGGAGGGACCAACGUGAGGAGAGGAGAGACGCUCGAGAUGAGAGGUGGCGGCAGGAAGAUCAGAGGAGGCAGGAUGCAACGCUGGGGCUGCUGCGUGAGCAAACAGACAUGCUUCGGCGUCUGGUGGAGCUUCAGGAACGGCUGCAGGAAAACAGACUGCCGCUACAGCCCCUGUACCCCCCUCCCCCCUCCCCAUGUUCCGUAUCCUCCUCACCCAGACGUGUAAGAACGCGGGGAGGGGAGGCUCCGUACACCUUCCCAUUCCACCCCAGUAGACAGCCCAAGCAAAAGGCUGUCAUUUUUUUAACCUUUUUUUAGUGGCCUUUUCCUUCCCACCGAUCCUCCUCCCAAAUCCCACCCGGGUUCCCUCCCUCUUUUUCUAAUCUAUUAAUAAAGAAUAAAUGAUUUUUAAAUGA